UGUAUCCCCGCCCCAGGACGGUUGGAGAUUUUGUGCCUGUCCUCUUCUGCGCCCUUUGUUAUCUUAAGUGCUGGCUUGCGCAGCAAGAUGUAUCUCGCCAGGGCGGUCCGAUGCCCCCCUCACCUCCGCGCGACCUACGUGGAGAUCUCCAACUACUUCCGCGGCAGGCAAGUUGGUCGCCUUCCAGCAUUGCAAGCUCACAGCUCCCCUGUGCGAUCAUUCCAUGAAUUCAGCGAAAAGCACCGCUCCAAUGUGACCUCGUCGGAGUUCUUAGAUAAGUUCAAGCAGUCGAUGGAAUUCCCCCAAACGCCCUUGGACAUCGACACUCUGUAUUCUCAUGAUCAUGAAGGCCAAUCCGUACUCCUCCAUGGCUACCUGGACAAGCGCGAUGACAUGGGGAAAGAGCUCUCGUUCGCCCGCUUCUACGAUCACACAAUGGGUCGUACCAUACAGCUUCUCUCAAACUCACAAAGCAAUACUCUGCCUCAGCUCAAGAAGAUUAGCCGGGGUAGUCCAGUGGUUGUUCGAGGGACAGUUAAGCGGAGGGUUACAAAGACUGCCGAAGAGGAGCGCACCGAUUACUUGGAGAUCGCGCUGGAAUCUAUUCAACCCCUAAACGAGUUUCCCCGUGAGAUUGUGCUAUUUGGAAAGAACAUCGUUCAUCCCCCUAAGCAUCGCCACCUUCAGCUGCGAAGCGAUAAAGAGCUGCGUGAUGCUCUCCGGUUCCGUGCGCAAGCGCGCAAUGUCUGCCGGGAGACAUUGGAACAGCUGAAGCCAGCCUUUGUUGAGAUAGAGACACCUUUGCUGUUCAAGUCGACUCCAGAGGGUGCUCGUGAGUUCAUUGUGCCGACCAGAAAGAAGGGAAAAGCCUACGCUCUUCCUCAGAGUCCGCAGCAAUACAAGCAGAUUCUUAUGGCCAGUGGAAUCCCGAGAUACUUCCAGUUCGCGCGCUGCUUCCGUGACGAAGACCUCCGCGCCGAUAGACAGCCGGAGUUUACCCAGCUGGAUCUGGAAAUGGCAUUCGCUGCUGGACAAGAUGUCAUGGCCGUUGUUGAGGAACUUAUCCGGGGUCUGUGGGGGAACAUGAUGCCUAAACCAGUCCCUUCAGGCCCAUUCCGUCGCAUGACCUACCAGGAGGCAAUGACUCGGUAUGGCUCGGACAAGCCGGACACCCGGCAUAGAAUGGAGAUUCAUCGUGUCGAGCACCUCCUACCUGCCGACCUUGUGUCGAAGAUCACUCCCCUGACCGAUCCGAUUGUUGAAGCAUUUAAGAUGGAUACCGUCGAGCAGCUACCGUCGGCAACUCGCGAAUUUGUUUCACGUUUCUUCGACUCCACCGAGGGCGAGCCAUUCAACAAAAAUCCCGAUGGUGCACCAGGAAUCUUCAUCUACGACGAAGGACAGCCUUUAAAGGGCCUGGGACCUCUCGGAUUCGAAGCAGCCGAAAAGGUCCAAGAGAUGCUUGAUCUCAGUCACGGCGAUCUGCUCAUUCUUCAAGCUCGCCCACAGGCCCCCUUUGCAGGCGGCGCAACCCAACUUGGCAGCAUCCGUCGCGCCAUGGCCGCCGCCUCCAUCGCUGAGGAUCUCAGAGAGGCGCCCCCUGGCUUCGAAUUCCUCUGGAUAGUCGAUUUCCCUCUUUUCAGCCCUACGGAUGCCUCCGAACCCGGGCAAGGCGGUACUGCCGGCCUCUCCGCCACCCACCACCCCUUCACGGCCCCGAAGACCUCGUCGGACGUUGAUCUCCUUAGCAAGGACCCGACUAAGGCCCUCGCAGACCACUACGACCUCGUUGUCAACGGCGUCGAACUCGGCGGCGGCAGUCGCCGUAUCCAUUGCGCCCUAACCCAGAACUACAUCUUCAAGGAAAUCCUCAAGAUGCCGAAGGAGCGCAUCGACGAGUUCCAGCAUCUUCUUAAUGCCUUAUGGGCGGGAUGUCCCCCGCACGCUGGGUUCGCGCUAGGCUUUGAUCGCCUCAUUACUGUCAUGUUAGGCAAGGAGUCGGUUAGGGAUGUCAUUGCAUUCCCGAAGAUCGGGAAGAAGGGUGAGGAUGCGAUGGUGAAGGCGCCUGGUAAGAUUAGUGAGGAGGUGGCGAGGUUGUAUAAUAUCAAGUUGAAGUGAUGAUGUGGCAAUGUAUUGGGUGUAUGUAUUGUAUAGAUAACU